UGAGAUGAUCCACAGCACAUGGAAUCAAAACGAGAGAUUCAGUAUUUCUGAUGAUAGAGAUAAAAAUCUCUUGAGUGUGAUAAUAACUGAUGUGAGAUCAGAAGAUGCAGGAGUUUAUUUAUGUGGAGUUUAUCUCAAUGAAAUCUUCUACAGUUACUCCAUUCUUACUGCUGUUCAUCUUCACAUUAUGAGUAAAGUGGGUGUGGUCACAGCGAGCGGAUACUCAGCAGGUGGAAUCAUCUUCAAGUGUCAUCACCAUCAAUACAAAAGCAACACAAAAUAUGUGAGUAAAGAAUCAGAUGGAUGUUGUGAGAGGAAGUCUCCAUCAGUUCAGGAUCAGUGGAUGGACAAUGGAGAUGUUUGUGUGUAUGAUGACACCAGAGCAGGAGUCUUGAUGGUGUAUUUUAGAGAGCUGAACGCUGGACAUGCUGGAACAUACAGGUGUGGAGUGAAUCCAUCUCAAUAUACUGACACAUUCACUCAAGUCCAGCUCCACAUUAAAGACGAUACAGUUUUGUCUCAUUGGUGGGUGAAUAAAUCUGUUUCUGUUGGUGAUGAAGUCAAUAUUACCUGUCAGAUCCCAGAGGAACAUCAAUUCAGUCCAAAAGUCUUCUGUAAAGAGGAUGAAAAUCACAUCUGUCAAAGCGUCAUCAGAUCUGAAGUGAAAGUAAAUGAUUUCUCUGAUAAAAGUGUUUUUACUGUGAUCAUCAGUGAUGUGACAGUGAGAGAUGCUGGAGUUUACUGGUGUGGAGCAGAAACCAGUCGCACAGAUUUCACUUUCAUCUCUCUUCACAGCUAUAAGGCGUUCAAUCACAUUGAGUAA